GUACUAAUUGUGGCUCGGCCUGCAAAAUACAAUCAGGAGGACUGGACAUCCAUAUUUUCGGUUUCAUGUUUGGUUCCACCUUUCAGUAGCGAACUUCUGAUAUAAAUUCGACUGGGCCGUAGUUAUCUGCGAAAACCACAGAAUGGAAGGGCUUCUGGUGGAAAAGCAUGUCAAGUACAUCUUAUCAGUUGAAAAGAGUAAAGAUGACAUUGAGUCUGUGGUGAUGGAGCAUCUUAGAUUAAAUGGAGCAUACUGGGGAUUGACGACUCUUGAUAUUCUAGGGAUGAUUAGUGUAGUGGAUCAAGGCGAGGUCAUAUCUUGGGUUAUGCAGUGUCAACACGAAUCUGGUGGGUUUAGCGGCAACAUUGGACACGACCCACAUAUAAUGUAUACCCUUAGUGCCAUCCAAGUUUUAGCAUUGUUUGAUAAAAUUGAUGUUCUUGACAUCGACAAGAUCUCUAAUUAUAUUGUAGGCCUGCAAAAUGAAGAUGGGUCCUUUUCGGGUGACAUGUGGGGUGAAGUUGAUACACGGUUCUCUUACAUAGCAAUAAGUUCUCUUGCACUAUUGCGACAGUUGGAUAAAAUCGACAUGGAAAAAGCUGUUCAGUACAUUUUAAGUUGCAAGAAUGUGGAUGGUGGGUUUGGAUGCACGCCUGGGGCAGAGUCUCAUGCUGGGCAGAUUUUCUGCUGUGUGGGAGCUCUUGCAAUAACAGGCUCUUUACAUCAUGUUGACAAAGACCUCCUCGGCUGGUGGUUAUGUGAACGACAAGUUAAAUCCGGGGGUCUAAAUGGGCGUCCAGAGAAGCUUCCUGAUGUUUGCUAUUCUUGGUGGGUUCUUUCAAGCUUAAUUAUGAUAGACAGGGUUGACUGGAUUGACAAGGAGAAACUUGUAAAAUUUAUUUUGGACUGUCAGGAUAGAGAAAAUGGUGGGAUUUCAGAUAGGCCAGAAGAUGCGGUGGAUGUCUUCCAUACAUAUUUUGGAGUUGCUGGGCUUUCUCUUUUGGAAUAUCCUGGACUCAUACCUAUAGAUCCUGCUUAUGCCUUGCCUGUUAAUGUUGUAAACCGAAUCAUCUUUAAGAAGUAACCCUCUGGUCAUGACUAUUGCUGACAGUUCCAUCCCAUUUUCACAAAAUUUAAGCCAUGUAUAGACCAAGCGUACAUCAAGGCUCCAGAGCUCCAGGGCUGAAUACUUCCGUCGUCAUUGCAUAAACAAUCACCAACACCAACCUCUUCUUCUUCGCUGAAGUCGGUAGCUCCAUCAUCAAAAAACAAUCUAGAUCUGACUCCCUGUGCUUCAAUCGAUUGCUCCUCUUUUGCGGUGGCUAGGUUACAGACUCAUGGUGGCUACGAUUUGGGGUAGAUGGGUGGUGAGGUCGCAAUCGCUACAGUAGGGACGAAGUUUUUGCCGCUUUCGCCAUUCUUCGUCGCCAUAGCCAAAUUGAUUUGGAUCUGAUUCUUCAUGUUCUUAUCUUGCCAUUCUUUUCGUUUUUGUGCAGAGAUUUGGCUUGGGGUUAGGUCAGGUGGCUGGAAAGUCGAGGAGGGGGCUGGGGUGGUGCAGCAGCAGUGGGGAACUGACAGUGGUGUUGGGUUGUGGCAGUGUUGCAGGGGCUUGGGAGUUGUGGUGCAGGGGCUUGUGAGCGGUGGUGCAGGGGCUGAGGGACCUGUGAGCAGUGGUGUAGGGGCCGAGGGGCCUGUGAGCAGUGGUGCAGGGAGGAAAUGGUGUGGCCGGAGGGGCUGAUGUGGUAAAUGUUGGCAGCAGAGGUCAACAGCGGCAGUAGCCAGGUGUGAGGCGGUUGAGUACGGGUGUGGGGGGUUGGGGAGGAGGCAGUUACGGUGGCAUCGUGGUGGCAACCGAUUUUGAUUGAAAUUUACACUUCCGGCGGGUAAUAUUGACAUCGACGGCGGCACAGGCGUCACUGUGACAACGUCACUGCGGCUGCGUCACUGUGGUGGUGUCACUAUGGCGGUGUCACUGUGGUUGGAUGUGGUGACCGGUGGUGGCCGAGGCAGCGGCAGUGACACGAGCAGUGGCCGCAGUGACACGGGUGGAUGUCACUGUAGCGUGUCACUGUAGCAGUGUGUAUAUAAACAAGCUUGUCACUUAUUAGUCACAUUUCACGAGUUUUUUAAAAAAGUCACUUUUUUGCCUAUUGCCCUUUUAUUAGUAAUAUUCAAGACAAAAACCCUACUUUUAUUUUGUAAUUAUAUUGCAAUAUUUAUCAUUAUCAAGCAUUAAAUAUUAAUGUCAUAAUCGAC